GUGGGCUGUCGUGCGCGCGCAUCUUUUUGGCAUUGUGACUGAGUCUGACGUUGCUUUGCUUUCGGUCCGGACUCUGCACACCGAGCUGGAGUCAUCAUACCGCCCGCAUCUAUUGUAGAUCUACUGCACUCCCAUCACACUCCCGAGUUGCAGCACCUCGCAUACGACUGAGUCACAGCUCAUAUAACCCCGCCCAACGCGCCCGAGACUUGGAAACACCAACAACAUGGCGGACGCAGUCAAGGAUGCAGUCAACUCGGCUGUCGAGGGCGUCAAGAACUUGGCCGUAGAUGCCGAGAAGAAGGUCGAGCAGAAGGAAAACAAGGCCCCGAAACCCAAGAAAGAGAAGAAGGCCAAGGGCGAUGCUGGUGAUGGUCGUCCAUUGAUGCUCGACCCUGCGCCAGCCUUCAUCGACCACCGCAUCCAGAUCUUCGAGAAGCUCAAGGCGAAAUACGACGAAGAGAUAGCUCAGAAGCCCCGCGAGAAGAUCACAAUUACCCUCGAAGACGGCAAGAACAUCGAAGGAGAGUCAUGGGUUACCAGUCCCGCCGAUAUUGCGCGAAACAUUGCGAAGAGCUUGUUCGAGCGCACCGUCGUCGCGCGCCUGGAUAAGGGCACGCCAGAGGAGACACUAUGGGAUCUCGAGCGGCCUUUGGAGAAGAGCUGUAAGCUUGAGCUCCUGCCAUUCGACGACCCAGAGGGCAAGAAGGUCUUCUGGCACUCGAGCGCACAUAUCCUAGGAGAAGCAUCGGAACGUAGAUUUGGCUGUGAUCUCUGCAUUGGCCCUCCAAUUGAGGACGGCUUCUACUACGAGAUGGCUCUUCCAGACAACGCAGCAGUCGAUCCCGCCGACCACAAGCCGCUCGAGACUAUUGUCAACACCAUUGUCAAGGAGAAGCAGCCAUUCCAGCGCUUGACUCUCUCCAAAAACGACCUGCUCGAGAUGUUCAAGUCGAACAAGUACAAGCAGCACAUCAUCAAGGACAAGAUCGCCGACGGCACCUUCACCACUGUGUACCGAAACGGACCGCUGAUCGAUCUGUGCCGAGGACCACACGUACCACAUACCGGGCGGAUAAAGCAGUUCAAGGUCAUGAAGAACUCCGCGUCAUACUUCUUGGGUGACGCCAAGAACGACAGCUUACAACGUAUUUACGGUGUCUCAUUCCCCGAUAAAGACGCAAUGCAGACCCAUCUCAAGUUCCUCGAAGAGGCCGCAAAGCGAGAUCAUCGCAAGAUUGGAAAAGAACAAGAGCUGUUCUUCUUCCACGAAUACAGCCCGGGUUCCUGCUUCUUCCUCCCGCACGGUCAAAUCAUCUACAACACUCUACAGGCCUUCCUUCGCGAGGAGUAUUGGAAUCGUGGGUACCAAGAGGUGGCAUCACCAAACAUGUACAACUCAGCACUAUGGAAGAUCUCUGGUCACUGGCAGCAUUAUGCGGAAGACAUGUUCACCUUUGAUGUUGAGAAAGAGAAAUGGGCGCUGAAGCCUAUGAACUGCCCUGGACAUUGCCUGAUCUUCAAACAUCGCGAGCGAAGUUACAGGGAACUGCCCAUUCGCAUGGCCGACUUCGGUAUCUUACAUCGAAACGAGGCUAGCGGUGCGCUCACUGGUCUCACGCGAGUCCGUCGUUUCCAGCAGGACGACACUCACGUAUUCUGUACCCAAGACCAAAUCACGGAGGAGAUUUUUGCACUUUUCGACUUCCUCAAGGCGGUAUACGGAAAGUUCGGCUUCACAUUCAAGCUGAAGCUGAGCACACGCCCAGAAGGCUUCCUUGGCGACAUCGAUACUUGGAACAAAGCAGAGGCCAAGCUGACUGAUGCUUUGAACGAGUUCACAGCUGCCGGUGGUGGCGCUUGGGAGCUGAACCCUGGAGAUGGUGCCUUCUACGGCCCCAAGAUCGACAUCACCAUCUCUGAUGCUUUGAAGCGAGAGUUCCAGUGUGCUACCAUUCAACUUGACUUCCAACUGCCUAACCAAUUUGAGCUCGAAUACAUGACGUCCGAAGUCAUUCCCACAAAGUCCAAGGACCAGCCUCAGGCUCAAGAAGGCGGACACAUUGAGCAGAAGAAGGAGAAGCUGGAGGGUGCCGACGUCACAAUCCCCAAGAAAAUCAAGGAGCCGCAACCAGGUUACGCUCGCCCUGUCAUGAUUCACCGCGCUAUCUACGGAUCCUUCGAGCGAUUCAUCGCUAUCCUCACAGAGCACUUCGCCGGUCGAUGGCCCUUCUGGCUAUCACCUCGUCAGGUCAUGGUUAUUCCUGUCAUGCCUGGCGCAAACGACUACGUCAAGGAAGUGCAGACAGCGCUCCGCAAACACCACCUCCACGCCGACAUUGACAUCAGCGGUAACACCAUGCAAAAGAAGAUUCGCACAGCGCAACUCGCACUUUACAACUUCAUCAUGGUCGUUGGUGCCGAGGAACAACAAGCGAGGGCUGUGAACUGGAGAAACCGUGACGACCAGGAGACACAGCAGCGUGGUGUCAUUGUACCGCUUGAUGAGGCGAUAGAGAAGCUGGUUAAGUUGAGGGAUGAGCGCAGCAUCGAGAACAAGGUCUAAGUUCUAGGUGGUAAGAUAUAUUAGCAAGAUGCAUGGGAAGGCGUACGAGGUAUGAAGAUACGAUUUGAUGAAGGUGGAAAAAGGUAGUGUAGUGCUUAAGGACCUUCAGUGUCGGUUACAAUAUGGACCAGAAGUUGACCACAGCUAUAUCAUCGCAUGAACGAUCUCGAAUGAAGUACGUUUGAGCGAUCACUGUUGCCUGCUACGCUCAGUAGCUGAAAACAACCAAAUGUUGUAGUUUGCCAAAACGAAUAUUUGUGGACAGCUGAGAAGAUUAUAUUUCAUAUAGCAACGACUCAGCACACGGCACAUAU